AGAGUGACGUUCACCAGGUCAUCGGUAAUAAUGAUGAUAAACGUGGUGGAAGUUUAAUCUUAUUAAUUGAUGCAAAGAAGCCAUCCACAAAUAAGCGAAAAAUGAGUGAAGAAGUAGUACAAACUAGCAGUGGCUGUGUUGAAGCAUUAAUGUUUGACGGAAGUAAGAGAGAGGACAAAAAAUGCCCUAUCUACAGGACUCCUACCGGUGAAAUCUUUGCAACCAAGAUAAGUAUGCGUGAGAUCCCUGAAGCUGAGAAGCAACAAGCAACUCUUAAAAAAUUAGAAAAUUCAGCAAGAAUAAUACAAAGAGCAUGGAGAAGAUAUAUUGACAUGCAGCUGUUUAUGCAUUAUAAGAAUAUGAUUAAUUUCAGAGGGACAGGAAACCCUAAAUGCAUGAUGAAAUGUAUUAACCCCACUGAGGCAGAUUUCUUGGAUAGGGCUGCUGGAGUUUAUGUCCGAUUCAGACUCGGGGGAGAAACAUUUCCUCCAAAAAUCUACUACAAGAUAUUUACACACCGUCCAAUUGUGGAUUUGUGUGCAAACAGUCCUAAGGAUUAUACUAAUCCUGCAGCCAAACAGAAAGUACCAAGUCAAGUUCAUAAGCGAAAUCCUAUUCAGGAAGAUGAUCGCAGUGGAUGGUACAAACGAAUGGAGAAUAAUGACUGGAGAAGUCUUUCAGACAAGUACCUGGGAACCACAACAGAUUACAUGCAGUUUGAGCCAAACAGAAAAACAAUAGCAUUUCAUCAUUCCAUAUCCCAGAGAAGACAGGAUGUUAUGAGAAAGAAAAAGCAAAGAAAAAUUGAAUGGAUGAAAAAGAUGUACAAGGAGGGCAUGCUGCAGGCCCAGACACUGGAUCCAAAUACGUCUAUUUUAGUGCAAAGAGCAACAGAGGGAGUAAUCAACAGUAUAGAACAAAAUGGCCUAAAUGCUGUCCUAGAUUGGGAAGUGGAUGAACUUCUUGAAUGGACCAAUGCACUGAAUUUUGAAAAAUACAUGAAUGAUUGGAUGAAAAUUGCAUGUAGCAACUCUUCUGCAGUUUACUAA